AUGUCAGAUUCUGGAUUUACAGGUACAGGUACUGGUGGCGAUUCGCUCAAGGUCAACUUGAAUAAGCAGUUCGAUCCUGCAGACAUGGUCUGGGUCGGAACCUCCUCCGUGCUUGUGUGGAUUAUGAUUCCAGGCAUUGGCCUUCUUUACUCGGGUCUUUCUAGAAAAAAGCAUGCACUUUCGCUUUUAUGGGCUUCUAUCAUGGCCGCUUGUUUGACUUCGUUCCAAUGGUUCUUUUGGGGUUACUCGCUCGUGUUCUCGCACAGGACUAGUAGCCACUUUUUGGGCACUUUGGAUAACUUCUGUUUGAAGGAGGUUCUUGGUGCUCCUGGUAUUGUCACCACCGUGCCAGAUAUUUUGUUUUGUUUGUUUCAAGGCAUGUUUGCUGGUGUGACUGCCAUUUUGCUCGUUGGUGCCGGAUGCGAGCGUGCUCGUUUGGGCCCAAUGAUGGUGUUUCUCUUUAUCUGGUUGACUGUCGUUUAUUGUCCAAUUGCAUACUGGACAUGGGGUGGUGACGGAUGGUUGUUCAACUUGGGUGGUUUGGAUUUUGCUGGCGGAGGACCAGUCCAUGAAAACUCUGGUUUUGCUGCCUUGGCAUACUCUCUCGUUUUAGGUAAGAGACACGAUCCUUUGACCUCAGGCAAGGUGCCCAAGUACAAGCCACACUCAGUCACAUCCAUCGUGUUUGGUACGAUUUUCCUUUGGUUCGGCUGGUUCGGUUUCAACGGUGGAAGUACCGGUAACGCUAGUAUCCGCUCUUGGUAUGCCUGCGUCAACACCAAUCUUGCUGCAGCUACUGGUGGUUUGACUUGGAUGUUCAUGGACUGGUUCCGCACUGGUGGAAAGUGGUCUACUGUUGGCUUGUGCACAGGUGCUAUUGCCGGUCUCGUUGGUAUUACUCCUGCUGCUGGUUACGUGCCAGUCUACACUUCUAUUAUUUUUGGUGUUGUUCCCGCCAUCAUCUGUAACCUUGCUGUUGACCUUAAGCUGAUUUUGCAGAUUGACGAUGGUAUGGAUGUUUUUGCCUUGCACGGUGUCGGUGGUUUCUGUGGUUCGUUCUUGACCGGUCUUUUCGCCGCCGACUAUGUCGCUGCAACAGACGGUGCUACUGUCAUCGAAGGUGGAUGGAUGAACCACCACUGGAAGCAGUUGGGUUACCAAUUGGCCGGUUCGACCUCCAUUGGUGCAUGGUCCUUUGUGGUCACUGCCAUCAUCUUGCUUGCCAUGGACCGCGUUCCAUUUUUGCGUUUACGUUUACACGAAGGAUGA